ACAUGACGGCAGCAUCGAAACCUCCCAUUCCGUCACCAGAUGAGAUGACAACAAAUGGAUAGAGGGAUUUUGUAGAUUUGAGCCCUUCGUGAGAAUAUUUGCAGCUAAAAGAUCUCAUCACACUUGGUUAAGUGUCAUCCACCGCGCAAAGUUCAGCCGCAUCUGAAGGAACUUUGGAGAGUGUGGAUUUUGGAGGACUCAUUUGAGACUUUCUGAACUGGAAAGAUUUAUAAGUCGACUUGCAUUCUUGCGCGCUCUAGGUGAUGCUUUUUUGGGGAUCGUUUGUGCGACAAGGGAAAUUAUCUGUCUUUGACACUGCCGGGGCUUUAUUUCUGACAAUGAAAAGCAAAUGAGACGCUAAACGCAUCACUUUUAUUGACAGCACAGCGACAGGAUGCGGGAGAGGGAACUGCAGCGUGUGGGCAGGAGAUUGCUGCUGUUGGGCAUCUGUCUGCUGUCUCUUUGGGGUCAGUUGAGUUUGGCCUCAACACAUCGCAGCCAUAUUGUGCAUGUCAAAGCUGGGACCUGUGAGGUCAUUGCUGCCCACCGCUGCUGUAACAAGAACAAAAUCGAGGAGCGUUCCCAAACUGUCAAGUGCUCUUGCUUCCCUGGGCAGGUUGCUGGGACAACAAGAGCAGCUCCCUCCUGCGUGGACGCUUCUAUAGUAGCACAGAAGUGGUGGUGUCAGAUGCAGCCAUGUAUGGAAGGAGAGGAGUGUAAGGUGUUGCCAGAUCUUAAAGGCUGGAGCUGCAGCACAGGAAACAAAGUCAAGACGACCAAGGUCACACGAUAGGCUGGGAUAUACAUUUGGGAAUAGCAGUGUACUUUUUCCCUUUUAAUCAAAGCAAUGGAAAUGAAGAUACAAAGACUUCAGACUCCUUUACAACUAUGGAAAUCAAGUGUUUGGACCUUGAGAACAAUAUCCCUUGGAAUGGACCAUUUAAGCACAUGGAUUUUAUUUAUUUUAUCUCUUUCAAUUUUCAGCCUGCCAAACUCCCAUAUUUGUUUAUAACAACAGUGUUGGACAACAAAACCAUACACCAUGUAAAAUAAAUAUUCCAUAAAAUCAACAAGAUUAUGGACCAGUUCAGAGAAUUCUACAUUUUCAGAACGAUGGAUUACAUUUCCUUUUUAGUGGACUUGAAAGGUUCAUUUGCUACUUGAAUUGUAUGUGUUCUGGGGACACUGAUAUUCUGUUCCCUCUCCUUUGAUGCCAAUAUUUUCUUUCUUCUGUUGUGGCCUGACUUUUUGAUUAGUGUGAGGUGUAUGAUUUUUGGGUAUGGUUUUGGAGCACUCAGCUCCAUUUUGAAAAGGACUUGUGCAAGCAAGAGGCAAGUAUAAAGGGAAGAAUUAUAGUUAUUAAUAAUGGAAGAAAUGUUGAAGUGGUCUACCACGGGACGAGUGAAAAUGAAGAUAGCAAAGAGAUUUAUUGUUUGUUUUUAAGAGCCUUGGUGGCCGCUAUUGAGUAAAAGUGUCAGUAUUAUCUCCAAUAAAAGUAUCUCUAUGGGAAAUCUCGUCCAGUCGUAACUUUGAAGAAUGGUUCUUUUUCAAUCAUAAAAGAGAAACUGCUUUUAAAGUCAAUUUGAAAUCAAAAUUGACCCUAUUUACUGUCUAAAUUCACUUUUCUUGUCUUAUACAGCCACCGUUUCCUAAGCAGGUGUGAUGCAACACGUUUUCAGCUACAAGCAAUUUGUCUGUCCAAAUUGAAGGCAAAACUGCUGUAAAGAAUGACAGAAUCAGAGCCAAUCACAGCAUAUUUGCUGUAUAAUGUACAGUUAUGUGGAGUGAAAUUUUGAACAAAUGAGAUUUCAUGUUGGGCAACAGAAAUAGAAAAUGUCCUGUUGCUCAUCACCUGUUCGUUUAAGACAAAAACAGCUUUACAAAAUAAAUGAAUAAAUAAAU